GUGAAAAGUGCAUUUUCUGAGUGAAAAAUGCUGAUUCGAGGAAGAUGUGAAGCUGGGAGUGGGUGAACAUGAGAGACCAGGUGAUGUAUUCCUUAGGCGAGACAAAGAAGCACACUGAUCUCUGAACUUACCAAUGAUCGGAAGCAUGCAGUAGUUUAAUUUACUCCUCUGCAACUAUCAUAUGAAUGUGAGGAAAGGGAAUGAGUCAUUGUACUCGAUAAUCUCAUCCCGUUCACGCUCAGUAAUCAUGUGGCAGAGCUUUAUUGAAUAGCCGACGAAAAAGCUCUGACAGCUCGAGCUGCGGUUAGCUUCCGCCCUGCUGGGAGACACGCCUGGGCCGCUCACAACCGCUCUCAUAACCGCUCUCAGCCCGUAAUGGCCGGAAUGACGGACAAUAUCCCUCUGCAGCCGGUGCGGCACAAAAAGCGCCACGACAACAAACAUAAAGUCGGGUGCUGCCCCUGGUCGAGGUGCUGUGGAUCGGGGGAAUUUCGCCCUCGGACAGUAUGGCUAGGCCACCCUGAGAAGAGGGAACAGCGGUACCCAAAGAACGUCAUCAAUAACCAAAAAUAUAAUUUCUUCACCUUUCUGCCUGGGGUGCUGUUUAACCAGUUCAAGUACUUCUUCAAUCUGUACUUUCUGCUGCUGGCCUGCUCACAGUUUGUGAAUGAACUCAGACUUGGGGCUCUGUACACGUACUGGGUUCCACUGGGCUUUGUAUUGAUCAUCACCAUAGUGAGGGAAGCAGUCGAAGAAAUCCGAUGUUUUCUGCGGGACAAAGAGGUCAAUUCACAGAUUUAUAGCAAGCUCUGUACAAGAGGAACCAUGAAGGUGAAAAGUAGUGGCAUCCAAGUCGGAGAUCUUAUCAUUGUUGAAAAGAAUCAACGUGUUCCUGCGGACAUGAUCUUCCUACGGACCUCUGAAAGAAACGGCUCGUGCUUCCUGAGGACUGACCAGCUGGAUGGAGAAACAGACUGGAAACUGCGCCUCCCUGUGGCCUGCACGCAAAGACUCCCCACUGCAGCAGAUCUUCUACAGAUCAGGUCUUUUGUGUACGCCGAGGAACCUAAUAUCGAUAUCCAUAACUUCAUCGGUACCUUUACCAGGGAGGACGGAGACCCUCCAGUCAACGAGAGCCUGAGUAUUGAGAAUACGCUGUGGGCUAGCACUGUGGUUGCUUCAGGUACAGUGAUAGGGGUUGUGAUUUAUACCGGCAAAGAACUUCGCAGUGUUAUGAACACAUCCAAUCCAAGAAAUAAGAUUGGCCUUUUUGACUUGGAAGUAAACUGCUUGACCAAGAUUCUGUUCGGAGCCCUGGUGGUGGUGUCUCUGGUCAUGGUGGCUCUGCAACACUUCGCUGGUCGCUGGUACCUUCAGAUCUUCCGCUUCCUGUUGCUCUUUUCCAACAUAGUGCCCAUCAGUUUGCGUGUGAACCUGGACAUGGGCAAGAUGGUGUUCAGCUGGAUGAUCAAGAAAGAUUCGAAAAUCCCUGGAACUGUGGUUCGAGCCAGCACCAUCCCAGAGCAGCUUGGACGAAUCUCGUAUCUCCUCACUGAUAAGACAGGGACUCUCACACAGAAUGAAAUGGUGUUCAGGCGUCUUCAUCUUGGCACCGUGGCGUAUGGAAUGGAUUCCAUGGAUGAAGUGCAGAGUCAUGUGUUUAGCGCCUACACUCAGCCUCCUCAUGACCAGCCGGCCUCCAGAGCACCAGCCGCCACUAAGGUGAGGAAGACGAUCAGUAGCCGAGUGCACGAGGCGGUGAAGGCCAUUGCCCUGGUGCACAACGUGACACCCGUUUACGAGGGGAACGGCGUGACCGAGCAGGCCGAGGCCGAGCAGCACUACGAGGACACGUGCAGGGUGUAUCAAGCCUCCAGCCCUGACGAGGUGUCACUGGUACAGUGGACAGAGAGUGUUGGACUGACUCUGGUAGGAAGAGACCAGUCCUCUAUGCAGCUGAGGACCCCUAGUGGUCAAAUCCUCAAUUUCACCAUCCUGCAGAUUUUCCCUUUCACCUAUGAGAGCAAGCGUAUGGGAAUCAUAGUGCGUGAUGAGACUACUGGAGAGAUCACAUUUUAUAUGAAAGGAGCUGAUGUUGUGAUGUCUGGAAUAGUACAAUACAACGACUGGCUGGAAGAGGAGUGUGGGAACAUGGCCCGUGAGGGGCUGCGAGUCCUCGUGGUGGCUAAGAAAUCUCUGACAGAGGAGCAGUAUCAGGAUUUUGAGGCGCGCUAUGUCCAAGCCAAGCUGAGCGUCCACGACCGCUCGCUUAAGGUGGCCACGGUCCUCGAGAGUCUGGAGAUGGAGAUGGAGCUGCUGUGUCUGACUGGAGUGGAGGACCAGCUACAGGCUGAUGUGAGGCCAACACUAGAGAUCCUGCGCAAUGCUGGCAUUAAAGUAUGGAUGCUGACAGGAGACAAACUGGAGACAGCCACAUGCACGGCCAAGAAUGCCCACUUGGUAACCCGUAAUCAGGACAUCCACGUCUUUAGGCCUGUGACCACACGCAGCGAGGCCCACCUCGAGCUCAACGCUUUCAGGAGGAAGCACGAUUGCGCUCUUGUAAUAUCAGGAGACUCUCUUGAGGUAUGCCUGAAGUAUUAUGAGUAUGAGUUUAUGGAGCUGGCGUGCCAGUGCCCGGCUGUGGUGUGCUGUCGCUGUGCUCCCACGCAGAAAGCUCAGAUUGUCCGGCUGCUUCAGGAGCGCACGGGCAAACUCACGUGCGCUGUGGGGGACGGAGGAAAUGAUGUCAGCAUGAUCCAGGAAGCUGACUGCGGCGUGGGAGUGGAAGGCAAAGAGGGAAAGCAGGCCUCGCUCGCUGCUGAUUUUUCAGUGACUCAGUUUAAGCAUUUGGGCAGACUGCUCAUGGUGCAUGGCCGAAACAGCUACAAGAGAUCUGCUGCCCUGAGUCAGUUUGUCAUUCACAGGAGCCUCUGUAUCAGUACCAUGCAGGCUGUCUUCUCCUCCGUUUUCUACUUUGCAUCAGUUCCUCUCUACCAAGGCUUUCUCAUCAUCGGCUACUCGACGAUCUACACCAUGUUCCCCGUCUUUUCCCUGGUUUUGGAUAAGGAUGUCAAAUCUGAGGUGGCUAUGCUAUAUCCUGAACUUUACAAGGAUUUACUAAAGGGUCGACCACUUUCCUACAAAACAUUCCUCAUAUGGGUUUUGAUAAGUAUCUACCAAGGCAGCAUCAUCAUGUACGGCGCUCUGCUGCUGUUUGAGUCGGAGUUUGUGCACAUCGUGGCAAUUUCAUUCACCUCACUGAUCUUGACCGAGCUGCUCAUGGUGGCGCUUACAGUGCAGACGUGGCACUGGCUCAUGAUUGUGGCCGAGCUCCUGAGUCUGUCUUGCUACAUCGCUUCACUUGUCUUCUUACAUGAGUUCAUUGAUGUCUAUUUCAUCACCACGCUGUCGUUUGUUUGGAAGGUGACCGUCAUCACGCUGGUCAGCUGCUUGCCCCUGUACAUCCUGAAAUACCUGCGCAGACGCUUCUCGCCUCCCAGCUACUCCAAGCUGACCUCCUAGGGCUGAUCAGCAAGACCUAUGAACAGAAAGAUGUGUUACUGGGGUGUGUUUAUUUAUUUAUUUUUUUGUUGUGUGGGUGACUCAAGCGAUUUGCACAGGCUUUGUUUCACUAGAUGCAGCAUUAAAGGCAACGAGAAUGUCAAGGACCAUUCUCGAUGGAUGUGUCUCAAACAUAAUGCAUGAUUCCAUAAAGAAUCUUCUCAUUUGUGCCAUUUUCAGUCACACCAAAGUUAUGCAGCUGAGCUGGGCUCCUAGAGGGCCGUCAAAGCUGAAUCACGAGGGUAGUUUCAUGCUUGAUUGCUCGAGUGAGUCACUAGUGAGGGCUAAACAUGAGGGUUACUGUAGCUACGGUGUGCACCAGAGUCUUUGAGAAGCCUGAGAGAAAUUCAUUUCAAGUUAAUUUAUUUUGCAACCAAGGUUGGAAAAGGGAAGACAUUCGUGUGAAUGAAGAAAUUAAUAUGAAAAUUAAUUAAUUUUGUUGGAACAAAGAUUUAACUUGAUCAUUUGAAAGGUAUUGCUGUGGAAAGUAUUCUUAAAAUUGAAUAUAAACCUAAAGUGGUUCUAUAUAAGGGUAAACCGGGAUUGUGUGUGUGUGUGCGUGUGUGUGUGUGUUUGCGCAUGUGUUUGUGUAGGUGUGUUGAUGCAGAACUUGAAUUCGUACUCGUCACGGAGUCCCUCCAGUAUAGUUGAGCUAUUUUUAUUAGCAUGUUGUGUUGUCUCAGACGGUGGUGUUGGUUUGGGCGUAAGGUUACUGAAUACCAGUGUGUUGUGUCUAAAGACCAUGGUGAGUGUAACACCACAAACAAAAUGCUAUUUUAGCUUUCAGCUCCCUUUUCUGGUCCCUCUAGCCGUGUCCACUCUUGUGGUGACCUCUGGUUUCCCUCUCUCAGUGCAUGAAUGAGUAGAUUUCACGCAGAACACUAACCACUUUUCCCCUGACGGACACUUCUACUACUCUCAGUCUAUGUCUUUAUAAAACAUAUCACACUUACUCAUAGGGCCAACUCACUUUUCGCAUCUACAUUUCAUGUGGCUCCAUGAUAUCAGGUUUGUACAUAAGCUAAACGAUCUAAUGUGUGCACUUAAUAUUGAUUAACUGUAUUUCAGUGUGUGGAUUUGUUCAAAUGUCAUUCUUUAUAAGGUAACAAUAGUGACAGUCUGCCAUUUGUGCCACUUUGACCAUGUGCCAUAUUGACCAUGUGCUCUUGCAGUCAGGAGUGCCAACAUUUACGGUCUAGCCAUAGCAUUUACGAUUUUUGACCCCUUGUACGGAGAAACAUGAACACUACACUUUUUGUUAUUUAAGCUAAAGCAACGACAAAAGCAAGAGUAAAAUUCUCUCCUCUGAAAAACAACAUUCACUGAAAGGGAAAGGACGAGGGAUGUGCAAGUUGCGCGUUUACUUCUGGCUAAUGACUAGCAGCUAAUUCCGUUUCAUGCCGACCUUGUGCAGCGUUCGACUGAACUCUGACCUUCAACUAGGGAAAAACAAAGAAAAUGGUCAAUCAGUCAAUGUAGAGACAUAUUAGCUUGUUAACCCUAUAACACUAACUGCACAGUUCGCUGUUUUUGAGGAGGAAAAUAUAUAGUUUGCUAGAUUUUUGCUAACAAAAGUUGAAUAUGGAGGCGUCCAUGUUUUUUUUUUUUACUUUGUAGCUUGAACUCACAGUGAUCAAAAAUGACAUCGUUCCAAGUUGUGACUUCCCACCUCUGAGUUAAGUCUAAAGUAGUGUUCAAAGCCUGAGUUUUGUGAACCAAUAGAAAACAAGAACGCGAUGCUACGGUCUCUGAUCUUUAAAAACACAGGAUUUUUCUCUCUGCCUGCUAGGAUUUUUUUUUUAAACAAUGUUGGCACCUCUGCAUGCAAAAUGUUCUCUUUGUCUUAUAAGGACUUUAGUUUGUCCUCCUGCGUGCAAUACAUUACAUUCAAGAAGGGACUAUCUAAAAAAUUGAGGGAAAUUUAUACGUAACAAAUCACUAUCAUGUUUUCCCAAAAAAUGUGUUGCAGAAAAUAAUCACUGAAUGAAUAAUUCAAACAAGCAGCAUAGUUUGCUAGGUACUGAUGGAACUACAAACAUCACUUUGCUUUUUUUUUUGUUUUUUUUCACAAACUUUGUACUACUGAUGACUUUGCAGUUGGACCUAGACUAGAACACAAUGCCAUGUAUUUCAUGUGAUUUAUGUUGCUGUUAUUGUUAUUCGUUUUUGUAAAUGGCAGGACUGCUUUUUAUUAGUCAAUGAAUUGUGAAUUGCUGUAAUGUAAAUAACAAAAAAAAUAGAUUUUAUUUAUUAACAUUUCUAAUUUGCGUUGGAAUUUGCACACUGAUAAUUGCAGAACAAAAAAGGGACAAAAUUACUGAGUCUCAGUGGUGUUGAAAUAAAAAUAAAUAAAAGAGUUUUCUUAUCAUGGA